AUGGCCAAGAACAUGAACCUUAAUUUCCUUAUAUUUGCCAUGAUUGGUUGCAUUAUAUUUGUAUCUGUAAGUUCAACAACUCACAUUGUUGGAGAUAGUCUUGGUUGGAGUAUGCCUAAUUAUAUAGGAUACUUUGAGGAUUGGAGCAAGAACAAAACUUUCGUUGUUGGCGAUACACUAGUUUUCCAGUACAACCCGGGGAUGAGUACUGUUGUUCAGGUAGACAAGAAUGACUAUGGUAAUUGCACUAGCAGAAAUACCAUUCAAACAUACUUCAGAGGAAACUCUAGUGUUGUUUUGGACAAACCUGGGGACUUUUAUUUCUUCUGCUCUGUUGGCAAGCGUUGUGAAGCAGGCCAAAAACUUUGGGUUAAUGUUCAGGGAAAGCCCUCCUCUCAAUAA